GUCCAGGUGGUGGUGGUAAAGGCUGCUGUUGCUCUCUGCACAAAGGGAUUUGGGUGUCGUCAGCGUGGAGUACCAGUCCACUGUCAACUGGGUGUUUUGGUACCAUGAUGGAAGAGGAUGAAUUAGAAUUUGUGGAGGAUUUGGACGCCAUUUUACACCUUAGCCCCGAAGUACAACUCGCUAUUGAGCAGGUUUUCCCCAGUCAAGAUCCACUUGAUCGAGCUGAUUUUAAUGCUGUUGAAUAUAUCAACACUUUGUUUCCAACUGAGCAGUCGCUGGCAAACAUAGAUGAAGUAGUGAACAAAAUACGAUUAAAAAUCAGACGACUUGAUGACAACAUCAGAACUGUGGUGAGAGGACAGACUAACGUUGGACAGGAUGGCAGGCAGGCUCUGGAGGAGGCACAGAAAGCCAUCCAGCAACUGUUCGGCAAAAUUAAAGACAUCAAGGACAAAGCGGAGAAAUCCGAGCAAAUGGUAAAAGAGAUCACCCGGGACAUCAAGCAGCUGGACCAUGCUAAGCGUCACCUGACCACAUCCAUCACAACUCUCAAUCACCUGCAUAUGCUGGCUGGCGGCGUGGACUCCCUGGAGGCCAUGACACGCAAGAGGCAGUACGGGGAGGUGGCCAACUUGCUCCAGGGUGUGGUGAACGUGUUGGAGCACUUCCAGAAAUAUAUGGGCAUCCCUCAGAUACGGCAGCUCUCCGAGAGAGUGAAAGCAGCACAGAGUGAGCUUGGCACUCAGAUCUUGGCUGACUUUGAAGAGGCGUUUCCUUCACAGGGGUCCAAGAGGACUGGAGGCCCCAGUAUUGUCCUCAGAGAUGCCUGUCUGGUGGCCAAUGUCCUGGAUCCUCGCAUCAAACAGGAAAUCAUCAAGAAAUUCAUAAGACAGCACCUCUCUGAGUACCUUGUGCUCUUUCAGGAGAACCAGGAUGUGGCAUGGUUGGAUAAGAUAGACCGGCGCUAUGCGUGGAUCAAACGGCAACUGGUGGACUACGAGGAGAAGUAUGGUCGCAUGUUUCCCGAGGAGUGGUGCAUGACGGAGCGCAUCGCCGUGGAGUUCUGCCAUAUCACCAGGACAGAGCUGGCCAAGCUGAUGCGAACCCGAGCCAGGGAGAUUGAGGUCAAGCUCCUUCUCUUCGCUAUUCAGAGGACCACCAAUUUUGAAGGAUUGCUGGCUAAGCGCUUCACUGGCAGCACCUUGAGUGACAGCCCUGGGAAGAGACCCGAGACGCCCUUGGAGCCUACUAACCCGUUUCUGGAGGAUGAGUCCGGGGACGACAAUGCUUCUGAGAAAGAUGAAGAUCUGGACAGGCCAAAGAAGCCUAAGGCCCCGGAUAACCCAUUCCACGGCAUCAUUUCCAAAUGCUUUGAACCUCAUCUCUACGUGUACAUCGAAUCGCAGGACAAGAACCUCGGUGAGCUGAUCGACCGCUUCGUGGCCGAUUUCCGAGCGCAGGGUCCCCCCAAGUCGGGUACGGAGGAGGGAGGAGCCGUGCUGCCCAGCUGCGCCGAUCUCUUUGUGUACUACAAGAAGUGCAUGGUACAGUGUUCUCAGCUGAGCACAGGCGAACCCAUGAUCGCCCUCGCCACCAUUUUCCAGAAGUACCUGCGCGAGUACGCCUGGAAGAUCCUCUCUGGGAACCUGCCCAAAACCAGCACUAACAGUGGAGGCCUGACCAUCACCAGCCUGUUGAAGGAAAAAGAGGGUUCGGAGGUGGCCAAGUUCACCAUGGAUGAGCUCUGUCUCAUCUGUAGUGUCCUCAGCACAGCAGAAUAUUGCCUUGCUACCACACAGCAGCUGGAGGAGAAGCUGAAGGAGAAGGUGGACGCAUCCCUCAUGGAAAGGAUCAACCUAACCGGGGAGAUGGACACGUUUAGCACUGUGAUCUCCAACAGCAUCCAACUUCUGGUUCAGGACCUGGACUCAGCUUGCGACCCAGCCCUCACUGCUAUGAGCAAGAUGCCAUGGCAGAGUGUCGAGCACGUGGGUGACCAGAGCCCCUACGUCACCUCUGUCAUCAUGCACAUCAAACAGAACGUACCCAUCAUCAGAGACAACCUAGCUGCCACUCGCAAAUAUUUCACCCAGUUCUGCAUCAAGUUCACCAAGUCUGUCCUAGAGCCUUUCCCAACCAGCUUUACCUGUAGACUUUACCGUGUGGCUUUUUCCUUCCACCCAGGUGCUCUGAGCGUUUCUAACUCUCCUGCUGUUCUCUGUUGUGUCUUCAGCUCCUUCAUCCCAAAGUUCAUCAACCACCUGUUCAGGUGCAAACCCAUCAGUAUGGUGGGAGCUGAGCAGCUUCUGCUGGACACACACUCUCUGAAGACGGUUCUGCUAGACCUCCCCUCCAUCGGUUCGCAGGUGCUACGCAAGGCUCCAGCAAGCUACACUAAAAUUGUGGUCAAAGGGAUGACACGAGCAGAGAUGAUCCUGAAGGUGGUCAUGGCCCCUCAUGAGCCAUUGGUGGUCUUUGUGGAUAACUACAUCAAGCUCCUUGCUGAUGGCAACCCUGAGACUUUCCAGAAGAUUCUAGACAUGAAGGGUCUGAAGCGCAGUGAGCAGAACAGCAUGCUGGAGCUCUUCAGACAGAGGCUGCCCACUCCCCCGUCCGGGCCAGACAGCGCGCCCUCACUGUCCUUCAGUGCCCCUACCCCUGAGCAAGAGUCCUCGCGCAUCCGCAAACUGGAGAAGCUCAUCAAGAAGAGAAUUCAGUGACCUCACUGUGGACUUUUCCACCAUCAGCGUGACGCGUGGGACUUGUGCUUCGGCCCUCCUGUGAUGUCCCCACCCCAUCACCCGUUCAGAGAUCAGUGCCGAACGCACAUGUAAAAUAUGGCAAAAGAGAACACGCCAGUUACUAAUAUGAAUCAGUUGUCUUGCACCAGCUGCUUCAAACGGAUGAAGCUUUUCUUCAGUGGAUUAAUGCGAACCUCAUGGUUGUAGGGUUGUUAAGACGGUGAUGAAAUUUCUGCGACUGUAACACAUUUCCCCUGCGUGCUGCUGCCUUUUAUUUCCUUUUUUCUUUGUAACACUAAUAUUCUGGCUCCCAAUAAUCUGAUUGCAUGCCAUUUACUUUGCACGUUUCCCUCAAAAAAAAUAAUGUUUGCACUUGAAGUGAAAUGGAUGGCAGAAUGAUCCAUAAAGAUAACCUGCUGCUGCUUUGGCACAAAUUCUUCCGCCUUGGGAGUCAGAACAUCCGAAUGAUUUAGGAGCAGCAGUUUCUCCGAAUGUCCCCCUCACCAUUACAGUAAAUGGCUGUAUGGAAACUCUCUGAAGUGUGUUUGUGAGGGGAAGUCAGGGAGUAAGUGGGUUAGGUCUGUAACUCACUCUCCAGGUUCAUCAGUGAAGCCUCGGGCACACUGUACCACACAGGAACAUGGACUUUCCUGUUCAGCUGUCUGACAAAACCAGUUGCCUUGGGUAUUUUUAAACAUACCCUCUGAGUGGGUACAACUAGAAAACAUAUUUUGAAUGUUGGAGACGUUUUUCAUUGUGUGGUUAGACCUUAACAAUGGUGUGUCUCAUUGUGUCCUAAAGAGCUUCAGGAGGGGCUCUGGAUGAACUGUAAGGUUAUCGGUUUUGACCUUUAUCUAAAAAAGACGGUGAAAUUUAGUUUUUGUCUCUGUUCGUGCUUUGACGCUACUCUGGGUUCGUUAUGCAGGAUGUGGAUGUGUGAAGUACUAUUUUUGAAGGAGUGGUUGGUGUGGGGCUGCUAUCUUGCAGUUCUGCUUAUUCGUGAUUAAUUUGUUGUUUGACUUGCUGUAUAUCUUCUUGCCUUCUGUUAAUACGACAUCUGUUGCCCCGAAUAUCAUGCAGUUCUUUCAAUAAAAAUGUCGCUCGAAAAACCUUGCAGCACUAGCAAA